UUGUCACUCACAGUGCUCCCGUUGUUCAACGCAGCCUCUUUCAUGCAGUGAAUGGACCAGGGAUGCGGUUCUCUAUAUGACGAUUGUCUCCUUUUAAUUCGUGGGUGCUGUUCUGGCUGGUCUGGGACCCCCGUGACAUGUGUUGUUCGGCUCUUUCGCCUUCUUAAUACUUUAUAAUACCUUUCUUCUCUCUCCUUAUUGAAUUACUGCAUAGUGCCUUGCAUUCAGCGACUUUAUAUCACCCUUUCCUCUCAUUCCUUACAACUCUUGAACGGCCGUGGUAAGCCAAGAUGGUUGCCCCCGAUUUGGGAACGGCCCUGGAGCAUGCUGGCGGCACCGGUCAGAAAAACGAGGGUGUUGGGAUUUCGACCUUUUUGGCUUCGUUGGCCACCGCCAUCGUCGUUUUCGCAGUCGAAUUCCUACUCUUCUUGCUUCUCAAGGGGAAGCUGACCCGUAUUUAUCAACCUCGAACAUAUCUCGUUCCCGACAGAGAACGUACCGAACCAUCGCCACCGGGUCUGUUCCGCUGGACCGUUCCCGUUUUCCGCACCUCGAGCACCGAAUUCAUCCAGAAAUGUGGGCUGGAUGCUUACUUCUUCUUGCGAUACCUGCGCAUGCUUCUGAAGAUCUUCGUUCCUCUGGCGAUCCUGAUAUUGCCGGUACUUCUCCCGUUGAAUAAGGCGAAUGGUAAAGAUCAGAAUUUCAAGAAUGGGACGGCGGGCGGCCACUGGAACGUCACUGGUAUGGAUCAGUUGGCGUGGGGAAAUGUCGCUCCGGAACAUGUGCACCGAUAUUGGGGACAUUUGGUGAUGGCGGUUAUUGUGGUUUUAUAUGUCUGUGCUGUGUUUUAUGAUGAACUCAGGGGCUAUAUCCGUCUCCGACAGGCCUACAUGACCUCCCCUCAACAUCGCCUACGAGCAUCCGCAACAACCGUCCUGGUGACCGCCAUUCCGGAACGUUGGCUCAGCGUGGAGGCGUUAGAUGGACUAUAUGAUGUUUUUCCCGGCGGUAUUCGCAAUGUUUGGAUUAACCGGAACUUCGACGACCUCAACGAGAAAGUCAAAGAACGGGAUGCACUGGCCCUGAAGCUAGAGACUGCCGAGACGAACUUGGUUAUCAACUGCAAAAAAGCACAACUCAAGCGGACCAAAAUAGAGGCGAAAAAGGCAGGGAAAAAUGCCAAAGCUGUGGGCAACGAGGAAAAGGCAGCUACCAAUAACCAUGCAUCUCAGUUCGCAAUGGGUGCUGGAAUCAGCUCCGGUAACCCGCAUCAAGCGCACACUUUGAACCAAGUCUUACACCGCCCGGCUUCUGGGGAACGGAAACGCUACAAUCCAUUGGAUCCCGCGAUGUACGCGGCAGAGGCGGUCGGACACGGUGUCGGUAAGCUGGGGAAAUCAGUAGUCGGUAGCUUCAGAAAGGCCGAGCCCGCGGCAAACAGAUCAUUCACUCAAACCGUCGACCCCGUUCCGGAGGACAAUGAAGACGGCCCUGCCCAAGUCAGCGCAGACGAUCAUUCCCGUGCAAGCCACGAGGAUCAUCAUGAAGAAUCAGAUGUUGACAGAGCUCACACCAACGAAACGGGAGGUGAAGAUUCGAACGCUACAGUCACUACUGAGCCUGAUCCCAAACCGAAAAGGCCUUUUUGGAGAAGUCGGGGAUCUGGUAACUCGAAAGUGAGCAACAAGACGGAUCCUGAUGAGUAUCCCUUGACAGGCCCCGAGUCUCCCAUUGGCAAUGCGGAAAGUUUACGCUCAGACGGAGCUAGUACACGCAAUGAUGAGAAAGCCAAAGGCAAAAAGGGGAGUGCCCAUAAAGAAGGUGAUACCGAAGAAGGCCAAGAGUACCCGCUUGCGUACAACGAGGAUUUUGACAACGAAGACUUUGGAGAGUCCGUGUGGAAAAAGUACAUCAGGCAAAAGGAUCGCGAGACGAUGCGCUUACCCAUUUUCGGCUGGAGUUGGAUGCCCUCCCUUUGGCUCAUUGGGAAGAAAGUUGAUACCAUCGACUAUUGCCGUAAAGAAGUGGCUCGGUUGAAUUUGGAGAUCGAAAUCGACCAACAGCAUCCUGAAAAGUUUCCCCUGAUGAAUUCUGCAUUUAUCCAGUUCAACCACCAGGUCGCCGCGCACAUGGCAUGUCAGGCAGUCAGUCACCACGUUCCGAAGCAGAUGGCUCCUCGUACCGUUGAGAUUUCCCCCGACGAUGUGAUUUGGGACAACAUGUCCAUCAAAUGGUGGGAACGGUACCUGCGGACGUUUGGUAUCCUUGCUCUGGUAUGUGGCAUGGUAGUUGGAUGGGCUCUCCCCGUGGCUUUCACAGGUCUGUUGUCUCAGUUGACGUACCUGGAAGAGACGUUCCCUUGGCUUGAGUGGAUCAGCACGAUGCCAGGUUGGUUUAUUUCCGCCAUCCAGGGUAUUCUGCCUCCACUGUUUUUGGCCAUCCUGAUGGCCGUCCUGCCUCUUAUUCUGCGCUUCCUCUCGAGAACGCAAGGGCUACACACAGGUAUGGCCGUCGAGCUUACCGUGCAGAACUACUUCUUUGCCUUCCUAUUUGUGCAGCUGUUCCUGGUUGUCGCCAUCUCUUCGAGUUUCUCGACGAUUAUCAACCACGUCACGGAUGUUACCAGUUGGCCAGAGUUGCUUGCGCAGAACAUUCCCUCGUCGAGCAACUACUUCUUCUCUUACAUGAUUCUGCAGGCUUUGUCAGUGAGUGCAGGAGCGCUAGUCCAAAUCUUUGGUUUGGUGAGCUGGUUCAUUCUCGCGCCGAUACUGGACACGACUGCUAGGACGAAAUGGGCACGAACGACGAACCUGAACCAGAUGCAAUGGGGAACCUUCUUCCCUGUGUAUACAACGCUUGCAUCGAUUGGUUUGAUUUAUUGUGUAAUCGCUCCUUUGAUCUUAGUCUUCAACGUGAUUACGUUUGGCCUUUUCUGGUUCGUCUACCGGUACAACACGCUGUAUGUCACGAAGUUCCGCUUCGACACCGGUGGCCUACUCUUUCCCAAAGCCAUCAACCAGCUGUUUACGGGUCUCUACGUGAUGGAACUCAGUCUCAUUGGAUUGUUCUUCCUGGUCCGUGACGUCGACGGCACGGUUGCCUGUGAAGGACAGGCUAUUUGCAUGAUUGUGGUUAUGAUUCUUACGGUUGGAUAUCAAUUCUUGCUGAACGAGGCUUUCAGUCCUUUGAUUCGGUAUCUGCCCAUUACCUUGGAAGAUGAAGCAGUUGAACGGGACGAAGAGUUCAGUCGCGCUCAGCGUGCUCGAUUGGGCUUGGAUGAUUCAGACGACGAGGAUGAGGAAGAAGAGGAGGAGAAAGAGAGGAGAGAAACUGCAGCGAAACUGGAGCAUCGACACGAGGGCGAGGAAACUGAAGAGAACCACAUUGAACUGAAGAAUAUCGGGAGUGGUGCAGAACGGCCGGGAUCAUCGCAACCUGGAGGCAAGCUGGCGCCUCCUCCACUGGGACCUAGAAAAGCAUCCUGGGCAGACCGGUCAUCUGGGCAGCGUUCCAAGUAUUUCGGAACCCACUCGACCACUUCCUUGCCAAGCGUCCAGCGAAUGCGCGAGAACAUGGCCGAGGAUAUAGAAAACCAAGGUCCCCUCGCGCACCACAAACGCCAAGCACAAGCCCUCUUUGCCGGAAUCCAAGAUGAACUGGAGGAUCUCACUCCCGACGAACGCGACCAACUCACACAGCGAGCCUUCCAACACGAUGCACUCCGCGCCAAGCGCCCCGUGAUCUGGAUCCCGCGAGACGACCUAGGCGUCAGUGACGACGAGAUCUACCGCACGCAGCGCUUCAGCAAACACAUCUGGAUCAGUAACGAAUACCAGGCGUUGGAUGGUAAAUGCCGGACGAUAUUUACCCGCAGUCCGCCGGACUUUUCAGAGGUUGAUCUUAUUCAGCUGUAAAUUGGGUUGGGGUUUUUCUUCGCAUCGCAUGAGGUGAUGAUGUUGCAUUAAAUCUUGUUGAAAGCAUUAGCGGUUUUUGAGAGUUUUGAGAGCAUAAGUGGCGUUUUGAUUUGGGAUUUUUGCAGGAUCGCUUUACUGGGACUGUAUAUAUAGACUUGAUAGCAUACAUAAUAGCUUGUACUCAUCUCCUUUAAUGGGGUUACUUGAAGAAAUUUGACUCUGGCACUACUCCG